AAGACUUUUAUUUUAAUUGCCUCAUUCUAUCAAAUGAAACUAUUCUUGUUGUGCAUCAAUUUAUAUAAUUUGUCUAAUAUGCAGCCUGACAUAAUUUGGCCUCUUUGGAAGCUUUGUGAUCGCUGCCAGAACUCAAAAUAAAGUUCUGUGCAUUUGAACAAAGCUUGGCUACACAGCAUGAAUUUUAAAAAUGAUCUACCCAUGGUUCUAUUGGCAGAACAGUCUCUACAAACAUGAUGAGGUUUUUAUUUUAACAGGGCCACAUAUCAGCUUUUAACUCUUUAGCAAGUAACUUCAGCUGUAGUUUGACUCUACACCUCCAGUCCUCUCCAGUCCUCUCUUCCUCUCCCACUCAUCAGUAGUCAAAGAACCUCCUGUGUGAGAUUGUAUAAUGACUCACAGCUCUUUUCCAUAAUGUUUGGUUUCAUGUGUGUACCCUCCUUCAGGCUUCUCUUACUCUUUUCUGUGAACUUUUCCUCCUGAGCUCCCACAGAAUACUUCCCCUCUCCCCUCUUCCUCCCUCUGUUUACGUUCUCCCGCUGACCCCAUCCAUCACUUUAUUAGUUUUGAACAUACCACACAGGUCUCAUUUGGCCACUGUGUGUGAUGUGAGGGAGGGGUUAGUGCUGGGGGAGGAGCACCAGCCACCUGCAUAAUACCUUCUUUGUGAGCUUCAGCCUUAUAAAGUCACACUUGGAUGCUUUGUACCCUUGCACACUGUAAACUGGACUGGUACUUACAUGUCAUCCUGUACCCACAUCCAUCCAUCGCUAAUACACCUUACCAUGACAGCCAGGAUGGGAGUGUUGCUGCUGGUCAUGGCGGUGACUGUUUGCGUGUCAAACGCUCAGGCCACCAACAGCAGCAUCGUCAACAAGCAGCAACAGAAACAACAACGCAGCAUCUGGGAUGAGCCCAUCAAAUUCAGCACCAAGACCAAGGACUCCUGUUCCAUGGUAGUGUCUGGAGCUGGGGACUAUACUCGCUUGCGUGUCUCCUGCAAAGGUCCAAGCCGGGGCCAGACCCCAGGAAGCUCCUACUACUGUGAUUUCCAGGGGAAACCCACCCUUUGCCGUGCCUACAACCUCAACCCUCGCCACUACUUCACCCAGAUGAUGUGGGAGCUGAGGAAGCUGAGCCACGCCUGCCAGGGAACCAAAGUCUACCGCCCACACAUGUGUAAGAAAUAUUCCGAUGAGGCCCAGAUGACCUUCCUGGCUUCCUGGCCCAAGAUCACCAUGCUUAAACCCUCCAAACCUGUGCAGGUGACAUACAAACUAGCGGUGCCUGCCCAAACCAAAGCAAUCAAACCCCAGCCAGGCAAAGCCCCCCAGGCCAGGACAACUACUCCCAAACCUGUGAAGACCACUAAUCAUCCUACAGAGCAGCCUGAAUCCAGAGCUUCUAAACUCGCCUCUGAGUACUGCUGGAAAAAACUCCAUGGCAUCUGCACCUACUUCAUCAGCUGGUUCCAAAACUGACAGUACUGCAGAUGCAGGAUCAGUGUGGGAGCCUCUGGGGUCAAAUCGUCGCAUUGUGAGGUCCGACUCCCUCACUGCAGCAUCUUACAUGCUGAGCGGCUGACUGCUUGUGCUGUUAUGUGGUUUAUAUGUCAUAUUUAAAUCUGUAAAAUACACAAGUCAA